CUUUGAAACUGCUGUCCUUGUUUAUUUCGAGAAGACUGUUUUGACUGCAUCCACACUGCUAACAACACACGAGGAGCAUCAGAUCUUCGACACACACAGUCAGAAACAUGGCCUUUGCUCUGUCCAAGGAUCAGUUUCGGUGCAGCAUCUGCCUGGAUGUCUUCCGCAACCCCGUCUCCAUCCCAUGUGGACACAACUACUGCCUGGGAUGCAUCAAACGCUUCUGGGAUACGAGGAAUAGGUCGGAGUGUCCUCUGUGCAAAGAAGACUUCAAACCCCGUCCGGAUCUCAGGGUCAACAUAGGCUUGAGAGACAUCACGGAUCAAUUUAAAAAGUCUAUAAAGGGCCAGCCUCAAUACAAGCCAGCCCCGCCAAAGAGGAUGGGGCAUAGACGACAACAAUCGAUGUCGGAAGAAGUUGUCUGUGACAUCUGCCAAGGAAAGAAUAUAAUGGCGGUGAAGUCUUGCCUCGUCUGCCAGGCGUCUUACUGUGAAAUUCACCUGACGCCACACCUAAGGGAUCCAGUGUUGACGAAGCACAUGCUGACGGAUCCGGCCACCUUCGUCUCCAGUUGCCUCUGCAGAAGUCACAACAUGCUCCUGGACAUGUUUUGCAAGAACGAACAGACACCUAUUUGUGGGAAAUGUAGAGAGAGGGACCACAGAUACCAUGAGAUCGUCCCCAUUGAGAAGGAGAGCAAGAGGGUCAGGACUCAGAUGAAGAAGAUCGAAGCAGAGUUUAAUCAGAUGGUCCAGGAAAGAAUCAGAAAGCUUAAUGAGAUCCACGUGUCAGCAGAGUUGAGGAAAAAAGAUAGAGAACGGCAGAUCCAAACAAGCAUUCAGGAGGUCCGCAGGGUGAUAAGCGUCAUUGAGAAAGACCAGUCGUUGCUCAUGGAGAAGAUUGAGCAGAAGCAUGCAGCCGCUGACAGGACGGAGGAGGAGCUCAUCAAGGAUCUCAGGAAGGAAAUUAAUGAGCUGCAGAGAAGAAGAAGUGAGCUGCAUCUCCUGGAGACCACCGAGGAACCUCUUCAUCUGCUAAAGAGUUUCCCCCCUCUGAGUGCUCCACUGGCCACCACGGACUGGUCCCAGGUCACAGUUUACUCGGACAGCUACAUGGGGAUUCUGAGGAGAUCUUUCACCAAGCUGGUGAAUUUGUGCCAGAGAAUUGAAAAGAAACUGUCUACCGAAGAGUUGAGUUUGGCAAGUCAAUAUGCAGUGGAUGUGACUUUGGAUCCAGUGACUGCUUCCGCUUGGCUGUGUCUGUCCCCGGAUGGGAAACAGGUGAGCCUCAGCAGCCAGCAGAAGAAACCCCCUCCCCCAGACGACCCUCUCAGAUUUGACUCCUGCGUCUCCGUUCUGGGGAAACAAAGCUUCUCUUCUGGGAGACGUUACUGGGUGGUCCAGGUUGGGGAUAAAUCAGACUGGGAUCUUGGUGUGGCGAGGGAGUCCAUCAACAGGAAGGGGGCCAUCACGGUGCGCCCCGACGGCGGUUACUGGGCGAUCUGCCGGCGAAAAGGGAUUCUCAGUGCUUGUGCCGGACCCUCCGUUGCCCUCCACCUCCAGGAAAAUCUCCAGAAAGUGGCCCUCUACCUGGACUACGAGGAAGGGUCGGUGUCCUUCUACGACGCAGAUGCAAAGACCCACAUUUACACUUACACGGGUUGUCUAUUCACUGAGCCUAUCUACCCGUACUUAAACCCGUGUCUUCAUGACAACGGGAGAAACACCGCCCCAUUGAUCAUCUGUCCUGUUGAGGUUGGGGCCCCUGCAGAGAUGAAUCUGACCUUUUAGGGGUUAUUUAGAUCCAGCAUUUUAACAGGAGACUGGGGGCUCUUGUUUGGAGGAUAAAGUCUGUGCACAUUUCCUUAUCCGCCAUGAGAAAACUUGGAAUUUGACUAACACUACGCAUUAGUAAAUAAGGCGUUUAAGACGUAUUAUUGAAAUGCACAACAUCGGGAUACAAAGUCAAAAUUGCAUAACCAUGUGUUUCCCCUAAACAGCCAGUAGGGGGCAGUUGCUCCAGUUGUAUUGAAGUCUAUGAGAAAAUGACCCUACUUCUUACUUGAUUUAUUAUCUCAGUAAACAUUUUCAUAAUGAGUGUUUGGUCUCAACUGCUUGUCUAUUGUCUUCCUCAUGAUGUUGGUCUAAAUGUAGAGUAAUAAAGCCGUUCAAGCGUCAUAAGCUUUGUGGUGGGGCCAACUUGUUUCGACAGGUUGCUCGAUGUUGUCGGCUUUGUUGUUGUACAAAUUCUCUUGUACUUUGCUCCACCCAAUCGUUGGCAUUUGUAGUUUCAAAGAAUCAAGGUGGUAACGACCAAAAUACCAAAAUGGAGGCUUCUAUUUUUGGAGCACAUGUGGCCACCGUAAACCGGAUUUGAAUGUGAUUGUUGAUACGUUCUGAUUCUGCGACUAAGCUAUAGAACCUGUUUCGGUUUGAUGACUGAUUGUUUUUAUUUGAUUUUCCCAUUUGUAAAAUAAUCCUGACUUUUUUUGCAUCAUGUUUUUUUCCACUACACAAAACGCAAUUUUUUUAAAGCUGCAUUUUUUUUUUUUUACAAGUGUAAGUGUUUAUUGCCAGAUCACCUUAAUAUAGAACAGCUGGGAACACUACACUACGGUUCAUGCAUUUAUCCAUGAGGUUUAUUAUAUAUUUGUUUUUAACCCCUGUUUCCAAACAUGGAACUGCUUCUAACAUAUUUCUACAAAAAUGAUUUAAUUGUUUUAAUUAUUAUUAUUUUUUUGUUGUUGCCUUUAAUCGGAUAGGACAGUGGAGAGUGACAGGAAAGUGGGAGAGGUGGGAUCCGGAAAGGACCACGGUUCGGGAAUCGAACCCGGGUCGCCGGUGUGCGGUGCAGGUGCCCCAGCCAGUUGUGCCACGGCCGGGGCCGGCUGUGCUUUAUUAAAACUAACAAUGCACAGUAGAGCUGCAAACGGACACACUGGAUGUGAUAGGUUUGCACAAAAGAAGGCUGCAUUUGGAGGAGCCCUUGAAAUGGGACAGGCCUCGUGAGACCCUGAAUUGGGGUGUAUCUCGAGUCCCAGCUGGCAUCACUUGUGAAAGUAUUUGUGUUGUAUGGGAGCUAUUGAGGUGCACAGCACAAAUAUACAGAACUAUAAAUAUGCUUCCAAUUUUAGCCAUGCUUCCUUUGGGCAUUCCAGUACCGGCCUGCUGACCACUUUGGUCCAGACUGAAGUGCCUCAACUUAUCUUCAACGGAUCUGAACAAACUUUGCUGCAGAUAUUAAUGUUUCUAUGAGAAGGAAUUCUACUGAUGUUGUUGACACCAGACCUUACUUCAGAACAAAACUGUGACAUUUCCAUCCGCAUCUGGUUAAAAGUCAUGCUGCUAAUUAGAAAACAUCAGCGUGCAAAGGAGAGUAAACGUGGUUAACAUCAUGCUUGCUAAACAUGCGUGUUUUUUGCGUGGUUACGGUGAGAGUUAAGGUCAGGCUAACCUUAGCAUUUAGCUGUAAUCCCUGUGUUGUCUAAUUGACUCAAUUACACCACAUCUACAUCAAUUUUUCCAGAAAGAAAAUGGCUAAAGGACCCCAGACUGAAAAUGAAAAGCCGACGAAGACUUGAAUAAAUGAACUUACAUCAAAUGAAGACAUACGGUGAGUCAAAAAAAUGGCCAACACCCAAACCCAACAACAACAGAUGGGUACAUAUUUACGAAUCGCAGGGUAGCCGUGCCCUGAAUCAUACAUUGUGUAGCUGGGUGCUGGGAAAAGCAGCUCAGGGCCUGACUCCUCCCCGAACCACUCCCCCUAAUUAGAGAGAGUAUAAAUGGCACCUGCUGCAAUCAUCCUUCCCCAUGACCCUGUCCUCAUGGUCGGUGGUGCAGGUAGGCUGUCUUUGACCACAUGUUGACAACAAGUUAUUGUCUCUGUACUGACUUGCUUAUAUUUCCUUACAGUCUGCUGACUUCCUAUGGUGGUAAGUGGAGCCUGAAGGAAUACAAAUUGUUUGUACCACAUGGCCAUCCAUUUUUUAACCAUUGUUGUACCAUUUGUUUUAGGUUUACCUGCUGCUGUUUUGUUCACUGCUGUUUAGUUUAGUUCCUUUUGCCAGCUGGGAUUUUCUUGUUUGUUUAGGUUUAGUUUUUAGUCUUAGUUUGCUAUUCAAGCUGAGUGCCAGUAUAUGGGGAGGGCUAGUCCGUAUCACUGUUUGCUGUGGUGGAGCUCACCGGGGAGCACGAAUGAGUGACCUACUUGCUGUGACUGGUUUGCUGACUGCACCUGUGAGUAUUUGGUUGCACCCGCGUGUCACAAAGUAGUAUGCUACCCCAUUAACUGGCCUCAUCUCACCGAGGUUUAGUUUAUUUUUCUGUUUUGAUUUAAAUGUCAGCUUUUACAUGAAGAUUUUAAAACAUUUGUCAGUAAUAAAGAUAUUAAACUGUACUAUUGUUUACAACGUGAUGACUUUGUAUUCUCUUUUUA